AAACGUCUCGGUGAUGUUUUUGUUUCUUUCUUCGUUCUGUUUGUCAUAAACACCGGAAGUCCUCUCUUCAGCUUCAUUCAUUCACCGGAACCUGAAACCCGUAAACGGCGCGCGGGACUCCCGCGCGUGUUUUGGGAUUUUUUGCCCUUUCAGAAACUGGGAGUCAGACGCUAACUUCGGCGUCCCGUCGGCUGCAGAUCACCUGACCUCCAUGGACGAUGUUCCUGCGGGCGCUGUGGUCCAGACGGGCAGCUCUGCGGCCUGCGGAGAGCUUCCGGAUCUCCUCCUCCUUCCUGCGCGGUUCCGAUCCCAAACCCAGAGCCGUAUCCUCAGAAGCUCCUCCCCUCCACCUCAGAGGACUCCAUUCUCUGUCCGGUUUCACCAGUUCUGCUCGGUUCUACUCGUCCAGCAUCGUAAAGUCAGUGUUGAAGUCGGGUCUGAAACCGGCGGCGCUGCCUGGGAAAAGGCCCCCUAAAGGCCCCCGCACCAAACAGCCGUCACGGGCCAACCAGCCAUCCCUGAAGCAGGACGAGGACAUGAUGCAAUGCAUCGCCUUCGCUACCGCGGAUCAGUACCAUCUACCGACGCUCUGCCACGACUUAACCAACCACGGCUUCCACGAGAUCGACCUACCCCGAGACGCCUCCAAUGUUCUGGUGAUAAGUACAGACAUGACUGCCAAACCAGACGACGACGCUCUGAUGUUCUUCUUCAGGGAAGGAUCUGUUGUUUUCUGGAACGUUGAGGAGAAAACGAUGAAGCAGGUUAUGAGGGUUUUGGAGCAUCAUGAGAUCCAGCCGUACGAAGUGGCGUUGGUCCACUGGGAGAACGAGGAGAUCAACUACACGCUCGGAGAGGGGAACACCCGGCUGGAGCGCGGAGACUUCCUCCUGAGUGUGGACAUCGACCAGCCGGAGGCCGUUCUGGAGAAGUUUGCCUUCUCCAAUGCGCUGUGUUUGUCCGUGAAGCUGGCCAUAUGGGAGGUGGCUUUAGACAAUUUUGUGGAGUCCAUCCAGUCAAUCCCAGAGACUCUGAAGUCUGGAAAAAGAAUCCGGCUGUCGUCUGCAGAGGUCAUGCAGAAGAUUGGAGAGCUCUUCACUUUGAGACACUGCAUAAACCUGAGGUCGGACCUCCUCAUCACUCCUGACUUCUACUGGGACCGAGAGAACCUGGAGAAGCUCUACGAAAAGACGUGUCAGUUCCUCAGCAUCAACCGCAGAGUGAACGUGGUGAACGAGAAGCUGGAACACUGCUCGCAGCUGACGGACCUGAUGAGGAGCCACCUGAGCGAGAAGCACAGCCUGCGUCUGGAGUGGAUGAUCGUCAUCCUCAUCACCAUCGAGGUCAUGUUUGAGCUGGCCAAGAUGAUCUUCUGAACAUCUGCCUGAAGACCACGAAGGGACAGAGGAUCCUUCUGCUGGAGCGCCGACCUUCAGAGGGAAUUCCUGCAGACUUUAGCGUGCAGACGCUGCAGUCAGACCUGCGUCUGCGUGAAUUCCUGCAGACUUUAGCGUGCAGACGCUGCAGUCAGACCUGCGUCUGCGUGAUCAUUGAAGUGAAGACAGCAGGAGCAGCAAUGUGGCGUUAAUAAUUUAUUAAGUUUAACAAGGUUUCUUCUUUAGCUGAAUACAGGACAGAGUUUACAAAAGUUAAAUGUGGAUUAGGAGCAGAGCAGAAAACGCUGCGUUCAGGAGCUGCAGGAAAGGCCAGCGCUGGAAUCAGAUUAACUGUGAAAGCUUCUCCGUGAUGUCAUGCGUUCUUCAUGCCUUCUGGGUAAAAACGAGAAGCUGGAAAAAUCGCAGAAUUUGUACACGGAGGAUUUCUACUGUGAGGAUUCAGCUCCUCCUGCAGGAGGUGAAGACGACGACGUAUCUACAUGCAGAGGAGCUGUGAUGGGACCAGGACUGACAUCAGUUUGAAGAAACGGUUCCUCCUGAGAUGAUCGGCGCCUCCAUGGCUUUCAGCUUUACUGUCAGCAGGAGCAGCUUCUCAGCGGGAUGAUGGGAGCAGGAGUGCAGCGGCUCUCUUAUUGUCCAGCCUGUAAAGAAACAGAGCUUCAUGAAAAGUUCUCCUUCCUGGUGUGUUUUCAAAUGUCUCCCUCUAGUGUCAACAUGAGGAACUGCAUCCUGAUAAUAAAGAGCCAGCUGUGGUCCUGC